UCCAGUCUUAUCAAAAGUCGGUCGAGUUACAGUAACAGGCAACAGCUGUCUAGCACUGAUCUAGAGUUUUGAUUGACUAUAUUCAAAACCGUGGUUACCAUUUAACAGUAGAGAAAAAUCUUCCUAAUAACAUCAUGCUAGGGCGCUAGGCAGUACCCAGACAGUCGACGUCUUUCAAUUUUUCGUAUGAGCAGUACAAUAUUAAGAAAUAUUGUUUCCAAUUUUUCCAUUUGUACAUUUUCGACAUGUUACCUGGAAAACUAGCUUUUGUGACCGGAGCCGGAGGAGGUAUCGGUAGAGCGAUUUGUCGUGUGAUGGCUAGAGAAGGUGCUACAGUAGUAGCGGCAGACUUAAGCAUAAACAAUGUACAGACCACUGUUGAUGAGCUUACAGGUGAAGGUCACAAAAGUUAUCAAUUGGAUGUAUCUGAUGCUGAGUCCGUCACAAGUGUAUUGAAACAAGUGUUUACGGAUUAUUCUGCGCCGCCGACCGUAGUGGUCAAUGCUGCGGGAAUCACAAGAGACAAUUUCAUGUUAAAAAUGUCUGUGCAAGAUUUUGAGAGCGUAUUUAAUGUUAAUGUAAAGGGUACUUUUCUUAUCACCCAAACCAUUUGCAGAGAACUGGUGGAGAAGAACUUGCCUGGUUCCAUAGUAAAUAUUGGAAGUAUAGUUGCACAACGUGGUAACAUAGGACAAUGCAAUUACUCGGCUAGUAAGGCUGCCGUUGAAGUCUUCAGUAAAACAGUAGCAUUAGAAAUGGCAAAAUAUAACAUCAGAUGUAACACAGUGUUGCCUGGGUUUACAACCACUCCUAUGACUGACAUGAUACCUGAGAACAUUAGAGAACAUUUUAAGUCUGUCAUUCCCUUGAAGAGGUUUGCCAAUUCUGAAGAAAUAGCGGAAGUAGUAACGUUUUUGGCGUCUGAAAAGAGUUCAUACGUUACUGGUACGUCAAUUGCAGUUAGUGGCGGUUAUUAAUAAUAUUACUAUUAUGUAGCUUUUUUAUGGGAUAAAAUUUUGGUGAAAAAUUAUUUUUAAAUAUAAAAUACUUGUGUUAUUAAUUCAUUUAAUUGUUGUAUGAGCAUAUGCUGUAUCUAUGCGACAAUGUUAAUAUUAUGAAUAGUCUUUAUUUUUGUCAUUAAAUAUUUUGAAUUUAAAAAAUAUAUAAUAAAUAUUUUAUUUGUAUUUAUUAUGUAUUUACAGAUGA